CUGCGACUGGCUCAGUGUACUCGUCACGUGUUUUGAGGCUCACUUGGACAUUUGCGUUAUUAACGUUCAGUUCAGUUGAAUUGUCUUUGUGUAUUAAAAACCAUGGCUUUUUUAGAGGACGAGAGCUUAAUAGGCCUAAAUGGUGCACAUUCACGACUGGAAAGUUAUGUGUUUAGCUGUGAAUUAUCCUCUGAGGUACCUUUCUACACUUUUCAAGCAGACGAGGAAGAAGAUUUGGAGCAUUUUUUAGAACUCCGUACGAUCUGCCUUGGUGAAGGGGCUAAAGAGGAGAACAAUGUGGUGGAGGUGACUGCUAUGAAUCACAGAGGAAAAAAGAUUUCAGUCCCAUUAGCAAACCUCCACAUAUCAUGUCUUCCAAUGGUAAGCCUGGGAGAAUUUGAGUUGAUGGCACCUGUAACGCUACGCCUGAAAUCAGGAACUGGGCCAGUGACAGUUAGUGGAUUACACCUAGUUGCUUCAGACAAUGAAGAGCCAGAAGCAUCUGAUGAGGAUGAUGAGUCUGAGGAGGAAAUGCCCGCUAUAAAGCCAGCUAAAAAGAAGCAGAAACUCAACAGUUUAUGAAUUUGUCAGAAAUUUUUAUACAGUGUUCCAUAAAUUGUUUUCAGUACAAUUACAAUGGACUGUAGAGCAAAACAAAAAAAUGUGAAGCUUGAAACUUUUUAAAGGAAUUGUGUGGACUUGCUCCAUGUACAUUUUGUGCAUAAUGUGAAGUGUUUUUACAGUUAAUUUGUUAAGUUCCAAAUGCUUCGUUUGUGUAAUACAAGCUGUUUUUGCUUGUCUUUUAGGAUACAUGGCAUUUUUGGAACAAAACUAUAUUUCUUUGUGUUAAAGGUUUACUGUUUUUCAUAUGUUGAGGGACGGUUAUUGUUCACCAAGAAAUGCUUGUUUAUAUUGUUAAUUAGCUUUAAAGUCGUUCACCAGCACUGAAUCCUAUAGCGGUUCAAGCGUUUGUUGCUGUUUUUUUUGUUUGUUUGUUUUAUAAAUGUGGUUUUGAUGGUGUAUUCCGUGUCGCUUGUUGAAACACAAAGGACUGCCAUGAUUUACCUAUUUGUACAUUUAUAGAAUUUGUUGAAAUCUGUAGCAAAGGAUUACUUUUUUUCUGUGCUCUGUUAAACAUCAAACAACGAUUACUAUCAUAUUAUCAUUAAGAAUGGCAAUUUCUGUUCUUUUAACGCACUAUAUUUCUUUGUUAAGAUAAAUCAACACAUUAUGGAUAUAGACAAUACAGUUAAUUAAAAAAAAAGUGCAUAAAUAAAAUAGUCUAGGUUUGUUUUAGCUAGAGAGAGCUGUUUUUGCAAGAGCAAACUGAUUUUGUCGGUUAUUCUUAUAUUCCUAGCUUUGUAUUUUACAAUAUAUGAAACAUUAAAGGAGACUCAGUGCCGUUUUGCUGAGAAAGGAGAUUGUACAAAUA